AUGUACGUUCCACCAGAGCUGGUUGACGAUGACGAGCUCACUGAGUACAAAGAGAGACUGGACAGAGUCAUAUUAUUAAAUAUUAUGGUAGUGGCCACAGUGUUGCUCAUUGUGCUCUUUUGUGUGAUGGUACUGACCCCGUUUAUCGCAUGGGGAGCUGGAGUGCAGAAAGGAGGCGUGACGAGUACCAUUUCUCAGGUAGAUCUCACACCGUUGCUUGCAUCACUGAUUGGGGUAGCUGUGCCUGUGAAUUCAAUGGGUGUUCUUCCUACACAAAUCCUUGACGUAUCGCCAAAUUAUCUCUUCAAAAGCAGUUUCGCCAAUUUUCUGCAGGCAAGACUCAAAGAGCAGUUCUUGGUGCUGAGAGAGGAGAAAGCGAAACGUCUUUGGUUCCAAGAUUUCGACACAUUUGGCUUGAAAGCGUUGCAAGCUUUGGAAUCAGAAAUAAUGAAGCUAGCAAAGUUACGCCGAUUCGUAGCUGCUUCUUCGUUGUUUGUGGAAAAUGCGUCCUACAUAAAGAAAGCGAUAUUUCACUACCACCGUUAUGAUCGGGCAUUCCUCGGAGCAGCGAUCAGUUGCUGUUUCAUGGCAUGGAUAGCGCUUGUGUGGUGUUAUCUCACGAGAGAUCGCUCGGUACCUAUAUUCACGCGAAAAACAUUGGUUCCAAAUAGGAUAUUUUCUGGUCUACUCGUCUGUUUGGCAGUUUUCUGCCUUUACUGCAGGCUUCCACUAAUGAACUGGUUCUACUUGUUACUACCGCUUUUCCUCGUUUCUGUCAUUGAGAAUGUUCUCAAUGUGACACUACAUGUCUACUCGUUUAUUGGUUACUGUAUUACUAAUUACUCCACGGUUUCUUUUACAUUUAUGCUUCAACCCUUCCUUGGACUCAUUGCAACAAGUAUUCUUCUUUUCAUUUACGUUAUCAUAUUCAUAGAGCGUAGGUUUUUGGCGGCAUUGUUCGUGCUGUUGUCGUUCGUGCCGAACUUGUAUAGCUCAAAAGUAGCUGAGGAGUGGAAGAGGAUCUGGCAACUGAUGUGUGUGGUUCUUCUGCCGUUUCCGUUCCUUCCUAAUGUUGGAAAAUCCGAAAUCCCGCUCUUGUGCGUUGGUGCGUCCCUGCUUCUAGCUAUAAUACUACGAAAAUUAUCUCGGCACCCGUUACUGGAAAAGAAAACUAAUGACUUAUACAAGUUAUCAGUGAUGUUAGUCACAACAGCACUAUUGAUUGUGGUCUCGUCCUAUUUAUUCCAAAAGCCCCCGGCCCUUCUUCGUUUGAUUUCUUGGCUUUCAUUACCUUUUUCAAUGUUGCUGCCACUUUUUUCACCGUCUACAAUUGUAGAUAGGAGUAUAUGGUUUAUCUGUUGUUUGUUUGUGCCAUAUUCAUUACUGUCGAUUGCUUACGAAUCGACCUUCACAUUGUGCUUCAUUCCACUUUUAUUAAUGUUCCUUCGAUUCGAGUUCAGCCAUCUGUCAGACGCUGAAUUUCUUCAGCUUCCAGCUGAUCAGUCUGUAGAUGCAGGCUGCUCGUCGCGAUCCAGUCGAGUCACAGGCGCUGAACUAAGAAGAGCGGUGAUUUGUGUCAGCUUCGUAUUGGCUACGAUGUUUGGAACUGGAAACUUUGCUUCAAUGAAUUCAUUUAAUCCGUCAACUCUCAGUCGUUUUAUUUCAGUUUUUAGCCCAUUCACAAUGGCAACGUUAUUGGUGUUAAAAAUAUUCAUACCGUUGUUGAUGAUAUCGCUAUUGUUCGCAGCGGUUCUACGGUUUAAUCACGAGGCUAUACAACGGCUUUCAUGUUUGGUGCUCAUUAUUACAGAUCUCAUGGCUAUGGUUAGUUUUCUC